AUGGAGGAUCUCAAACCUCGUUUGGCUGCCUAUCGCUUCGUCGCCUAUACGGCGGUAGUGUUUUCGGUGAUAGCGGUGUUGUCGAUAUGCCUCACAUUGCCCAUGGUCUACAGUUACAUCCACCACGUCAAGAAGUCUCUAAGAAAUGAUAUCAAGUACUGUAGAGGAUCGGCUCGUGAUAUCUGGGAUGAGGUGAAUUACAUUCAAAACGCUCCGCCUUCAAAUCGUACACGCCGUCAAGCCGGUGGCCUGUGCGAUCAGUGCUGUCUGCCAGGACCCCCAGGUCCACCGGGACCUGCUGGAAGACCAGGCAGACCUGGUGCUCCAGGAGCUCCUGGAAUGCCUGGUCACCCCGGACGUCCUCCAGCGAUGCCUUGCGAACCUGUAACGCCACCACCGUGUCCUCCUUGCCAGGGUGGCCCACCUGGACCUCCUGGACCGGCCGGACCACCUGGUCCAGCUGGAAAUCCUGGUCCAGCAGCUGCGGCAGGGGCUUCACCACCUGGACCCCCUGGACCGAAAGGCCCACCCGGACCGGCUGGAAAACCUGGAGCGCCUGGACCCCCUGGCCCUCCUGGACAGGAUGCAGCAGCUCCCUAUGCUGGCGCUGGACAACCGGGUCCUCCAGGACCACCUGGCCCCGCUGGUCCUCCCGGACCAAAUGGACACCCUGGAACUGGUGGCGGUCCUCCUACCCCUGGACCGAAAGGCCCACCCGGACCACCUGGACCACCUGGACCACCAGGAAACCCUGGUUCACCUGGAGGAGCUGGUGCUGCUGGAUCUGGAGGAGAACGUGGAAUCUGUCCCAAGUAUUGCGCGAUCGAUGGUGGCGUGUUCUUCGACGAUGGCAGCUUCCGACGUCGUUAG